AAAAAAAAAAGAAAAAUAAAAUAAAAUAAAAACAAUUCAUCAAAAUUAAACAAUCCCCCUUCGUCCUGUCUUGGAGGACUCUGUGCAGUGUGUCGUCAGGCCCGUCAUCUCCUGGACCUUCCUCGAAAUCCCUCCCUCCUCCCCUUGCGUGUGCCUGGUCCCAGUCCUUGGCUGUCUCUUUGCCAAGCGGACUCGGACCUGGCUGAUUUCAGGCACCCUCGUCCAUGCCACGCUCAUCGGCCCCGGCUAGGAAGAGUCACAGUCAGCGCGGUGAGAAUGGCCUCGCUCCCACGGCGAAGAAAUUGGCCAAGCAGAAGUCCAACGGCCAUCUGAACGGGGUCCCUUCUUCUUCUUCUUCUUCUCCUUCCCCUUCUCUCUCCAACGGCUCCGCGCUCUCAUCUACUUCUUCUUCUUCUUCUUCUUCUUCGCCUCUCGACCUGCCUUCGCGCUCCUCCAGUGACCCCGCCCUCCCAUCGCCUGCCCUGGCCGCCGCCGCCGCCGAAGACGCGUCUUCUGCGGCGGCAGCUACCGGCCCCUCGAAGCUGGACACUCCUCCUCCCAAUGCUCGUCUACUCUCCGAUCCCGCCGCUUCCGACAUGUCCUACGGUCCUUCUUCUCAAGCUACCCUGGCGCCCCCUUCAUCCACAAUCUCGUCGCAGAAUGGUUUCGCUGUCUCGGGUCAGGCCGCCGCCUCUUCGGCCUCUUCCUCCCGUCGUCCGGACAAAUCCGUCUCCCCCGCGAAGAGGUCGGGUUCGACCAGUAACCCCGUCAAUCCGAUCCAACUCGUCUCGACUAUCCUCCGCUCCUGCCCGAUGUACGACACCAUCGCCAUUCUGAUCUUCCUGCUGCAGCUGCCGCCCAUGGUCCUGACCCUCGUGCAAUUCCUCUUCGCCUCGCUGACCUUCCUGCCUCCCAGCGGUACCACUGCCGGCGCUCUGACGUCCAACUUUGAUAUCUUUCAGGGUCCCGCCGGAACCCCUUCACUGGGCACCAUGAUGGCCAUGGACGGCUUCUGUCUGCUCUUCUGGGGCCUGUUCAUGUGGACCUGGGCGCAGAACUUUGCGCUCGACCUCGCCCACGUGCAGGUCGCCAUCACCCUGGGCGGCGGCGGCUCGGGCAAGAACGGUGGCGUCAACGCCCUCUGCGUCGGGAUCGUGCUGCUCUUACAUCUCGUGCGGAGCAAGGGCAUCCAGGAUUUUCUCGUCGAUCAGCUCCUCUCCGCCAAGAUCGUCAACCCAGACAUCCUCUCCCACUUCUCCCAAAUCGUGCCCCCCGAAUUCCGUCGCUCGUCCCCGCAGACCCAACCCAGCUGGCUCCGCAGCGUCCUGGCCGUCCAUAUCCUCGCCCAGGCGGGCACCGCCAUGGCCCGCCGCUCCAUGGCCAAGAACCGUUCCCCCACCCCAUCCGCCCGCUCCGGCAGCAAACGCGUCGACACCGAGGCUUCCGCCGGCUCCCAGACCCAGGUCGAUUCCGCCUUUGAAUCCGGCGCCAGCGUUUCUUCCUUCAUGGGCCCGGACGGCCAGAUCCUGACAGCCUCGGCCCUGAAAGAUGGCCGCGACCGCUUGACCUCGGCCAAAAAACGCAGACGCCAGGCUAAUCAAGUCCGCAAUCGACAACCCUUCUGGGCCGCCCUCGCCAACCUGAAAGUCACCGUCAUGCGUGAGUAUGAACAUUCCCGAGCCAUGUCCAAGACCGCCCGCGGGCCCCCCAUGAACGAAGAGGACCUCCACAGCGUUUCCCUCGACGACCGCCUCAUCUGGAUCACAAACGUGGACAGCUCUUCCAUCCAUUUUGCUGCCGGCGAAUCCUUUUAUCCCUCCUCUCCCGAUGAUCAUUCCGGCUUGGGAACGUGUGACGUUGACAACAGUGUCGACGGUCCCGGCGAGGUGGAACCUUUUUACGUCUGUGUCAAUGGCGCGCUCUGGGCCACGGCAGCCAUCUGUCGGGUCCAGGAUGCGCCCAAGGGAUUGAAUGCAGUCCGAUGGCGCGGCGAGAUCUCUGGUCUCGCUCCGAACUGUGCGUAUACCUGUUCCUUUAUGCGCAGGGAUACGGAUGAAGAGAUUUGUUCCAUGAGUGUCAAGACGCCCGCCACCAGUGAUGCCGAGCAGGUCGUUUCCUCCAUCCCUACCCCACCGCAACCUUCCUAUCGACCCUCCUCGCCGACGACAACACUCAAGAACUCGAUUGCCAAUGCCGAGACAAAGAUUAACGAGAAGCGCUCGCGAUUGAAGAAAGCCAAAAAUGAUCACAAGCUCCUCAUCUCGAAGAUCCGGAAGGAACUGGAGAACUUCAAUAACCGUCUGCACAGCGGCACGGAUGAGAACCGGCAAAAACAGCGAUCCCUCCAACUGGAACGUAACAUCCGACAGACCGAAGAAGCCACCGCCGUGCUGGAGGUGCAAUUGGACCACCUGGAAAAGAUCCCCGACGAAGAACAGGACGAGUGGGCUGCACAAAAGGCCAACUACGAGCACGAGCUGGGCUUACUCAAGUCCGCCAAGGAAGAUCUCGAUGUCGCCCGGCAAGCCCUCUCGCGCGAGGUAUCCUCGCUCGAGUCGGAGUUGAGCUCGGUGGUGCAACGCCGAGAGCGCCUACAGACCCGCCGGACUCGAGUCAACGAGCAGUACGAACGGAUCAUCUCCGCCAACGCCCAGGGCCUCAACGAACGUGAACGACGAGCGGCUGAACAGUUUGCUCGGGAGCAGGACCAUGCCAAGCUCGAGGCCAAUUUCAACGAGCAGUUCGCAAGCAUUACCCAAUCCGUUCAGGACUACCAGAUGCGUACGAGCCAACUGUGGCAACAGGUCUCGGCGAUCGAGCAGGCCGUGCAGCAGCAGCAGCAACAACAACAACAACAACAACAACAACAAAUGCUGGUCGACUCCGGUCCACUUACCCCGGAAGGCAACCUUCCCGGUACCAACCCUUUGGCAGAUGCCUCUGCUCUCUCGGUGACCUCCUCUUCUGCCGCCAUGGCCAAUCUGACGUCCACCGCUCCGGGGACCCGAUCGCUGUUGGGGCUAAGUUUCCCCAUGUUCAGGUCAAGCCCUCGCCAGCAAAAUGCACCCUCUCCCGUCGGUGGUAGUGGUAGCUCUCAUCAGAGUAGUCCAGCCCAACAGCCCUCGUCGCUGCAAAACAACAGCAGCAGCAGCAGCAACUUCCCUACCUCGCCCUUUGCUAACGCAAAUUCCUACUUUGGCUCUGCCGACUUUGCGUACCGUGACCGGUCCUUUUCGAAUCGAUCUGCUCACAGCGGCCAGUUUGGACCGGACCCUCUGCUGGAUAUCGGCAGUCGACUGCCUUUUACGUUGGACCUAUCCGAUAGUCUUGGGGUCGGGAUUGUGGGCGCCAAACGCACCAGCUUCGGCUCCGACAGCAAUGCACCCCUCGCCACCGGGUUCCGGCCCGUGUCGAGCAGCAGUCCUUUCCAACGGGCAGCGAGUCGUGGCAGUGGCAGCGGCAGCGGCAGCGGGAGUGGAAGUGGCAGUGGUAGCGGGAGUCCGACUUCUGCGCGCGGCCACAGCAAGAGCAUCUGGAACUAGUUGUUGUUCUCUUGCCUUUUGCCUUUCCCCCCCCCCCCACCUCGUCUCUUC